AUGACUCUGGCCGACGCCCUCCUGGGAGGCACAGAUGAGAAACAGGAUCUGUCCAGUUUUCCGGAUGUUUUUGGGCCUACAACAGUGCAAGCCCCCGGCUUGUCCUGGAUUGUUGAAGAGAAUACCAUCACUCAAGAAUCACUGGAUAUCUUCUGGUUACUCCCUGAGAUACCGCGCUAUCGUGACUACUUGGAUGGUGAUGAUGACCUUGUAGCGGCCGCCACUCCUGUUCAAAAACAUUCUCAUAUAAUCGAAACCCUCUGUGAGAAUGCUUAUGAUGUCAGUACCGUCCUCUCGGAUUUUGAAUUCUUGAGGAAGGUUUUCCGAGCGAUGAGACCUCAUCGUUGGAAGCGAGAACUGUUCAGAGCCUUGGGAGGGGCGGAGAGACAAGUUCGAGAAAACUGGAGCUCUUUCCAUCGCGCCCUUCAGAGCGAUCUGACUAGGGAAGUUUGGCCAGCAGGACCCUAUUGUACCGACGCGGAUGGUCUUUUAUGCUUCCGGAACGGUCAAGCUGACGGUACCAUCGACUUACUACCAGUUGUCCCGAGAAGUCCGGGCUCCUGCGCGGCGUAUCGGAAGAAGAUAAUCAGAGAUGCUCAUCUAGCUACUGCUCAUGGAGGCGUUGGAGCGACCAUCGCACAUGUCUACAAUCAGUACUAUUUGCCUGAAAUACGAGUCGAAGUGAAGAGAUUAGUGAAGUACUGUUAUUGCUGCCAGACUUUGCGAGCGCGUAGAAUGUGGAGCGAGUUACCUGGUGUUCCACAUAAGGCCAGUGCGAUGCGAUCCGAGCCUUAUGCAGAAGUUUUCGUUGAUUUCCUGACUCUUGGCGAGCUGAAAGGGUCCGAAGGCCCGAUGAAGAUCCUCACAGUUUAUUGUUUGGGUACUUCUCACUCCACCUGGAUUCCUUGCUCAGAGCGCAUGUCUGAUGUCCUACAUGGUCUCGUGAGGGUGCAACAACAAGAAGGAGGCUUACGUGUUAUUCGCUGUGACCGAGCGGCAUACUUCCGAACACCCCGGUUCGCGGAGGAGGUGAAGCGUCUGCUGGGAGCAACAGUGGCCCUCAUGCCUGCCAGGAGCCCGUGGCGCAGUGGUGGCGGAGAACGUACUCAUGCUUUAGGCCUACGAAUUGCCAGAGUACUUCUCCGUGGAUGUGUAGGGUCCGCUCGAUCUCGAAAGCGUCAAGAGACAAAAGUGGAUCUGGAAUAUGUCUGCCGGGAGGUUACUCUAUUACUGAAUACGAGGCCGUUGAGCUUUACGUCUAGCCAUGAGCCUGAUGGUCAGCUGGUGGCUGUCACUCCUGAUCUUUUAGCAAGGGGAUAUACUCGUCGUCGCGGAUGCUUUAGUGGAGCGGCGUUGGGUAACCUAUCGAGUGUGAAGAGAGUGAAGGCUGCAAGAUCCCAUUUCAUGGCCCAGAUUUACAAAGAUAUGAGGAUCGCAGCAGCUAAGGCUAUGGGACAUAAAGGCUCCAAGAAGCCGCUACCUGCCCCGAACGUCGGCGAUCCAGUCUUGAUUUAUCAUCCUACCAAGAAGAUGGCGUCUGGAUUUCGUCUUGCGCAUGUGAUGAACGUCGAGAAGAAUGGCCGACAAAUGCGAGUCAAACAUAUUGAUGGGAGUGAAGAUGUGCAUCAUCAUUACAACGUGGUUCCGAUCGAGAUUGAUCCAUCCUGGAGUGCUGGAGAUGUUGAGACCGAUCACGAGGCGCAGCAGGGGGGGCAUGAUAUGAAUACUGAAGAUUGA